AUGCGGUCGAUGGGAACAGCAGAGAAGGAAGAAAACGAGGGGAAAAGGGAGGACCUCUGGGGUUUGGCUAGACCGAAGGAAGAAGCAACAAAGUUGUGGUGGCCUUCGGUGGGUGCAGAUGGGAGUUGUAGGGCGGAAAACAAAGGAGAAGAACUGGGAAGGCUUUGGUUGAUUCAUUUGACAGAAAAGAGAAGGAAGAACAAUGGUGAUGAUCUCUUCUUUGAUUGGAUACGGAGUACAUUGUGA